GUUGUCUAGGUGGCACGGUCGAGUCAUCUCUGGGCCUCGCCGCUCCGAGCUCGCAUCCCUCCUCCCCCCCGCCUCGGCGCGGGGGGUCGACCCGCCGAGUAGGGCGGGAAGCGACUUGGACCUUCAGCUCCCUUUCUUUCUGGCUAGCUCCCAGCUACCCGCGCUGGGGCCUGGGGUCUUUGGGGCCCGCGAGGCCCGGUCUGAGUGGCCGGGGCCUACGUGGGCCCGCCACUGGGCUCCAUGAGGCAUAGCCUGACCAAACUGCUGGCGGCUUCGGGCAGCGACUCCCCAGCCCGCAGCGAGAGCCCGGCGCCGGCUGCGACCUGCUCACUGCCACAGGACCCGACCCGGGCGGCUGCGGCCGAGGAGGUGAAGGAGGAGGCCGCGGCCCUCGGAUCUCCAGGCCGCCGCAAGCAGUCGCGCGGCGACGAGGGCGAGCUGGAGGCCGGAAGUGGGGGCCGCGGCGGCGUGGCCGUGCGCGCGCCCUCGCCUGAGGAGAUGGAGGAGGAGGCCAUCGCCAGCGUCCCAGGCGAGGAGGCGGAGGACAUGGACUUUCUGUCCGGUCUGGAGCUGGCGGACCUGCUCGAUCCUCGGCAGCCGGACUGGCCCCUGGAGCCCGGGCUCAACUCGCCCGGGCCUCUCUCGUCCGGCGGAGGCUCAGAUAGUGGCGGCCUGUGGCGAGGGGACGAUGACGACGAGGCCGCGGCUGCCGAGAUGCAGCGCUUUUCUGACCUGCUGCAGAGGCUGUUAAACGGUAUCGGAGGCUGCAGCAGCGGCAGUGACAGUGGAGGCGGCGAAAAGAGGCGGAGAAAGUCCCCUGGAGGCGGCAGCGGCAACGACAACAACCAGGCGGCGACAAAGAGUCCCCGGAAGGCGGCGGCGGCUGCUGCCCGUCUCAACCGGCUGAAGAAGAAGGAGUACGUGAUGGGGUUGGAGAGUCGAGUCCGCGGGCUGGCGGCCGAGAACCAGGAACUGCGGGCCGAGAAUCGGGAGCUGGGCAAGCGCGUGCAGGCACUGCAGGAGGAGAGUCGCUAUCUACGGGCUGUGUUAGCCAACGAGACCGGACUGGCUCGGUUGCUGAGCCGGCUGAGCGGCGUGGGACUGCGGCUGACCACCUCGCUCUUCAGAGACUCGCCCGCCGGUGACCAUGACUACGCUCUGCCCGUGGGAAAGCAGCAGCAGGACCUGCUGGAAGAGGAUGACUCAGCGGGAGGAGUGUGUCUUCAUGUGGACAAGGAUAAGGUGUCGGUGGAGUUCUGCUCGGCGUGCGCCCGGAAGGCGUCGUCUUCUCUUAAAAUUUUCUUUUUUAGGUGAUUUCCUUCCUGCCAGGCUCCGUUGUAGGGGUUACAGAACAGUCGUUCCCGCCUCACAACCUGUGGAUACAGCUGUUGGGGCAGAAGAGACGGGACCAGCUGCUGGCCACAUUUCCUGCUUUAUUUUAAAAGGUAGUAUAAGAAAUGAGGAAAAGAGGUAAUAUCAGGGCUUCUGCUAUCUUUUAUUUUAAACUGUUCAUGAUUAAAAAGUAUUUUCCAGCAGUCCAAAGAUGUAAGUUAUCUUACACAUAAAAUGUUUUAUUUUGUUGUUACUUGCUUAUGAAAAUGGAAUCCUUGUUCUUGGACAACUGUAACUGUUUUGUUGCCAGAUAAUACAAUUUGAGACUUAACUCGGUCUCUGGUUUCCAGUGCAUCACAGCAUAUUUUGUAAAAUCAUCUACUGCACUUGAGCAUGAAUGGGUAGUAGCCAGACUCAACCAGGAGUGAUGAACCUGCUUAUACCUAAGUGCAGGAGCAAGCCCCUCACAAUGCAGCUGCAUGGAUUUUUAGUGCCUACUGAAUUAUAUAUAUCUAUAUAUAUAAACCAAAAGUAGUUGGAAAAAUUAUUUGAAAUGACUAAUUUGUGCUAUCUUUAUGGAAUAUGUUAAAUGUAGUUUUUGAAACAAAAGCCUUGAAUUGAAAUUUAAUUAAUACUUGAACAUUUUGUAUAUAUUUCUUUGUAUAUAAUUUUGUGCAGUACCAAUGACAAAAUUAUGGUGUCAUAAUAAAAUCAGGUUUGUUGAUCUUUCAGUUAUGGGCUCAAAGAAUUUAUUCAUCUCUAACUGACAUUGGAAAAUAAUGGAUGAAAAUAGGAAAAAUGAUUGUUAUUAAUGCUGACUGUGGGUCUUAAAAGGUUCUGGAAGCACUUAGCAGUGUCUGCAAAAAACGAAUCUUUUCCUACAACCUGUUAACUGACUGGACUGAUGGUAACAAAGUAAUUGUGGGAGCCAUGUCGGUCAAAAAUUUGGCAUCUGCUGAAAAAUGAAUGCCAUUUUCAAGUUCCCAAAUUACUUCUAUACUGAUUUCACUUUCCAGAAAUGGAGAUAUGAAAAGAUUCUCUGGAAUCCUUGAAAGACUUAAUAGAAAUACAUCAGACUAAGUUAAAUUUUGGAGCAAAAUUACACUUUUUUUUUGUCUUUCAUGGGAAUGAUACACAGGUCUUUGCAUACUUUUAAAAAGUUGUAACCAUUGGAGAAGAGAAUUACAGUAUUUCGUUGAGAAAUAUUAUUUACAUAAUCAACACAUUCUAUGGGGCUACAUUUAGUGAAGCAUAAUUAAACUAUAAACAGGCUAUUAAUAAUUACGUGACAUAUCAUGAGUUUACAUUUUCUGGAACAUGAAAGAUAAUCUGAGGUACAAAUAGACUUUGCUGAGUAGACUCUAAAAGGUAAUUAAAGCCCUUAGCUGUAUAGAUUAGCCUUUCAGAAUAGAUGCAUUGAAUUGUCUGCAUAUCUCUGAAAAAGCUAAUUAUGAUUAAAUGUGUUGGUAGUUACUUGCAAUUCAGGGUAAUACCAGGGUAUGUAGGUUUUUAGUUUUUGGUUGCUUUAGCUUUCUCUGAGUACUUGACAAAUAGCUUGAGGUUUUCCAAUGAAACUAUUCUAGUUCUACUAUUUUACAUUAAAACUUGUCUAGUAUAUAGAAGGGGCUUUAUAGUAUUCUGCAUGAUGGGCGUGGUUUUCCUGUGGAGUAUGUUUUAAUUGAAACUUUUAUUACAAGUCUGAUAAAACACAAAAACUGGAUUGUUUUCAUUUUUGUUGGAUUAUGCUAAUAUAUCAUUUAUCUGGUCUAGAUUGGCAUUGUAUCAUACUGACUUCUUUGGGACUGUGUAGAAGAUAGAAGUGUUAGGGGGGGAUAGGAGAUAGGCUCUAUUCUUUCCAGAAAGACUCAUCAUAACCGCUUGGUUAUUGUGUUAGUAUAUACAAAACUUACUACAUUCAGCUAGUUUCUUGUAAUGUGAAUGUAUUGAGUGCCUGUGAAACAAGGCAACAAAAAGAUUGUCAAUGGCUAUACUUAAGUGGCUGAUGGAUACCCUAGUAUUAGCAGUGGUUGCCCUGGGACAACUGAAGAUGAGGCCUCACUACUAGUUGGUGACAGUAAAUGCUCCUUUGGUGGAACACAGUGGAUAAUUCAUUGAUAUGAGUAAUUACGUUGCAAGCACAGUAUUAAUAUAUUUGAACUUGGAUACUGUGGUACUUUGCCAAACAUAUACCCUGUGAAUCUUACAAUAGCGUGCUAAGCUUUGAUUUGGCUUAGACUGAAAAGUCAU